AUGGUGGACGAGGAAGACGGCAAGGGGGCAGGCACUGUCCUGCGGAUCCCAGUCGGACACAAGAGGGGGAGGAAGAAGAAGCACCCGACGGGAACGGAGAAGCUGGUGACCCGGCGGACAGAUGCCCCUAUCAAGAGGGAGGCCCGGCCUCUGCCCCCCCGGGUGUCGCUGAAGAUGAACCCCCCCAAGUGCCCCGAGUGCGGCAAGAGUUUCCUCAGCAACGUGGCCAUGACCAUCCACAUCCGGACCCACACGGGGGAGCGCCCCUUCAAGUGCCACCUGUGCGCCAAGGCCUUUGCCUCCCGGGGGGACCUCAAGCGCCACCUCAGGCGGCACCUGCACCAGAAGCCCCCUCCCCCCACAGGCGAGAGCCCCCCGGCCAGCGGCAAGAAGAGCCUGGCGGCCGAACUGCAGCUGCUGGACCACCUGCAGCUCCCCCGCGGACCCCAGAAGCCCCACGCCUGCCCCCAGUGCGGGAAGAGCUUCGACACCAAGCAGAGCUUGCGGAAGCACGAGGGGACCCACUCGGCUGAGCGGCCCUUCCCCUGCCCCGAGUGCGGGAGCCGCUUCCGGCUCAAGCAGAUCCUGGCAGCCCACAUGAACUCCCACGUCCAGGAAAGGCCCUUUGCCUGCCCCCAGUGCGAGAGACGCUUCUCCCAGGAGCGCAACAUGCGGCUCCACCAGCAGCGGGUCCACCUGGGCGAGAAGCCCUUUGUGUGCGUGGCCUGCGGGAAGUGCUUUGGCUACAAGCAGCCCCUCCUCAAGCACCUGCGCCUGCACACCGGGGAGCGGCCCUUCGCCUGCGCCGAGUGCGGGAAGGCCUUCCGCGACAGGGCGACGCUGGUCAUCCACAACCGCAUGCACACGGGGGAGCGGCCCUACCACUGCCCCUUCUGCGGCAAGAACUGCCGGCAGAAGCAGCACCUCAACAGCCACCUGCGGGUCCACCGUGGGGAGAAGCUGCCCUCCGAGGGCCUCGCUCUGCAAGAGAAGCCCCACCCCUGCCCUGCCUGUGGGAAGCGCUUCAAAGACAGGAAGAUCAUGCUGGCCCACCAGAAGACCCACGAGGAGGAGGAGCAGCUGCUGCCCGGGGGAGAUCCCCUUCCCGGUGGAGGGGGCCCCUCCCAAGGAGGAGCAGAAUCGGUCAGCAGGAAGCCACACCCCGGUGCCACAUCAACCCUGCUGGGUGCAAAGGCCCCCAUGGUGUGUCCGGACUGCGGCAGGAGUUUCACCCAGCAGAAGUACCUCACCUUGCACCAGAGGAGCCACAGGUGA